AUGACACAAAUUGUUGGCGGCCAAGGUAUCGUGGUCAUACCCUGGGUCUGGAGACUUUUGCUGUUAUGGUCAGUUUCAAGGCAAUUUUUCGCUGCAGCCGAACCAGUGGCGGCCGUCACAUUUGAUGAACGACGUCUACAACAAAUUUCCGAGAGUAUGAAUCCCAAACUCAAAGCCUGUGGUGAUUUUUACAGUUAUGCCUGUGACAAUUGGCAGGGUCCGGAAAUGAUAAAAAUUCUGGAGGAAAGGAUACAAACGGAAACUAUGCUGGUACUUGAGCUGUUAUACAAAGCAGGUGAACCCAAGUUUCUACGGGAGUUAUAUCAAUACUAUGUGGCCUAUGCGGAGGUGGAAAAUCCUCAACCUUUGGAAUAUGCGAAAUGGUUGUGGGUCUAUGAAAAUAUGCAAUGGCCGUUUUUGGAAAAUAAAACUUCGAGUGUGGCAAGGGUAGAAGGACCUAAAAGGAAUAUAGAAUGGUUGGAAUUAUUGGCUAAAUUGCGACAAUUUGGUUUCAAUGAUUUGUUUUUCCAUGAGAAUAUCCGCAAAAGUAAGGAAGACCCUUAUAAAGGCAUUAUAGAGCUACGUAUCCCAGAUCUUUCGUAUUUAUAUGAUUUCGAACAGCAAGUUUAUAUUUUGGGAGAUUUGGUGGAGGAAAGUCUAGUGGAUCAAUUGGCUACAUUUCAAGCGGAAUUAUCGAAAUUUACCUUGGAAUUAAUACAGACAGAGGAAAGCGACAAUUUCAAUUAUCGUUAUUUAAAUAUGGAAGAGUCUAACCAUCACCACGAUGAGGGUAAAUUGAUGACCCUUAAAGAUCUGCAUAUGCCAUGGCUAAAUCAAUAUUUGCAAAUCCUACUAAAACAGAAUUCCCUGGAUCCCAAUAUGCAGAUUCAGGUGCAAAGUUUGAAAUAUUUAAAACGGAUUUAUAACGUCUUGAGUCGUUACGACAAUGAAAUGCUUUGCAAUUAUAUUCAAGUGAAAUUUUUAAUAUCCCUAAUGAAGGAUGAUCGAAUUCACUAUAAAAUGGAUGUGGUGAAAAAUAUUCGGAAAGAGUUUCCCUUGGUGCUACAAUGGAUUCAUGGCCAAAUACAUGAAGAUCUUGAAAAAGAGGUGGGAAAAAUUCGAAAUCUCUUCAUCAAUUUGAAAGAAAAUUUCAAGAAAAAUUUACAAUCAAAGGCUUUGGCAACCUCGCUUGUGGAAUAUAUUUUGAGGAAAUUAAACACCUUGGAUUUAUUGAUUUUCGAUAAAUCCGCCCAGGAAUUGGAAUAUUAUUAUGAGCAUUUAAACUUCGUCAGCUCGGAAUAUUAUGGUAACCGUCUGCGUUUGAACCGUUUUAAAUUCCGCACCCAACACUCAACAUUGCAGAAUGUUUACGCUCGCAAAUCUCCAGAGUAUUUGGAUUUUAGACCCACCUCAAACACCAAUAAAAAUGGUUAUCCCUACCCUCUGCCCCUACUCUAUCCAAGAUUGAAUAUUAUUUACUUACCGCUAACCCUGCUACAAGAACCAUUCUAUGACAGCCAUAUGGGUGACCUCUUCAGUUAUAGUACCCUCGGCUAUCUGCUGGCUCAUGAAAUUACCAAAGCAUUUGAUUCCCAACACCUGACAAUUGAUGCUAAUGGCGUGGUCCAAACCAGCAUACCUGGCCUCCGAACAACUUCCACAAAUAAUGAAGACGAAAAUGAUGACGAUGACGACGACGGUGAUGAUUUUUCCAAAGAUCCUGUAAUUGAUGAUUUGGCUGGCUUAAAUUUGGCCUAUUCCACCUUUGCCAAACAUCAUGCCAUGCAAUUGCCCCAAAUGGUUACGCUAAGCAACAAAGCCAUUUCCAUGGAAAAGGUGUUCUUCCUUAAUUAUGCCCAGAUAUUUUGUUCAUCAUUUUGUGGUUUCCAUCCAAUGGCAGAUUUUCAUAGCUAUGAUGCCUGUGCUCGUGUCAACACUCCGGUGCGUCAUUCGACAGUGUUUAGGCAGGCAUUUACUUGUGGUGCCCUGUCGGAGGAAGAUGUGGCGGAAUUUUCAUUGUUACCCAAAGCAAACUAA